AUGAAGUGGAUGGUGGUAGCCUUGCUCUGCCUCCCGAUCUUGGAGGCAUCUUUGCUCAGGGUCCCCCUGAAGAAAAUGAAGACAGUCCGCGAGACCAUGAAGGAGAAGGGUGUGCUCAAAGAUUUUCUGAAGACCCACAAGCACGAUAUUGGCAGGAAGUACCGCCUGGGCAACUUUGGUGACUUCAGCGUGCUCUAUGAGCCCAUGGCCUACAUGGACGCUUCCUACUAUGGCGAGAUCAGCAUCGGGACUCCACCCCAGAACUUCCUGGUCCUUUUCGACACUGGCUCCUCCAACCUGUGGGUGUCUUCUGUCUACUGCCAGAGCCAGGCCUGCACCACACAUGCCCGCUACAACCCCAGUGAGUCCUCCACUUACUACACGGAAGGGCAGACUUUCUCCCUGCAGUAUGGUACCGGCAGCCUGACUGGCUUCUUUGGCUAUGACACUAUGACGGUCCAAGGCAUUCAGGUCCCCAACCAGGAGUUUGGCCUGAGUGAGAAUGAGCCAGGUACCAAUUUUGUCUAUGCAAAAUUUGAUGGCAUCAUGGGCCUGGCCUACCCUGGGCUGUCUGAAGGGGGCGCCACCACCGCCUUGCAGGGCUUGCUGCAGGAGGGUGCCCUCUCCCAGCCACUCUUUGGUGUCUACCUUGGCAGCCAGCAGGGGUCUAAUGGAGGACAGAUCGUGUUUGGAGGUGUGGAUGAGAACCUCUACACUGGGGAGAUCACCUGGGUUCCUGUCACUCGGGAGCUGUACUGGCAGAUUAGCAUCGAGGAGUUCUUUAUUGGUGAGCAGGCCUCUGGCUGGUGUUCCCAAGGCUGUCAGGGCAUUGUAGACACCGGCACCUCUCUGCUCACCAUGCCUUCCCAGUACCUGAGUGAGCUGCUGCAGGCCAUCGGAGCCGAGGAAGGAGAAUACGGAGAGUAUUUUGUGAACUGUGACAGUGUCAGCAGCCUGCCUACCUUCAGCUUUGUCCUCAAUGGUGUCCAGCUCCCUCUGUCACCCUCUGCCUACAUCAUCCAGGAGGGCAGCUACUGCAUGGUCGGCCUUGAGACCACCUAUCUGACCUCUGAGAGUGGCCAGCCCAUGUGGAUCCUUGGAGAUGUCUUCCUCAGGUCUUACUACGCCAUCUUUGACAUGGGCAACAACAGAGUCGGCUUUGCCACCGCCGUCUAGGCUUGCCAUCUAGACAUCCACAUGCCCUUCUUCCUCUCAGCCUUCCACCUCUGCCCUUCCUCUCUGCUUCCAGCUUUCCUUCUCUGGACCCUGAGCUUUGAGUAAUAAUAAAUAGUUCU